CACAUCCAGUCCAGCAGCUGCUCAUGCUCAGUAACCUCUCAACUGUGUUAGUUGGUGCACGCACUUCACUUCUCUCCACCAUCUCUUGCCCUGCAAAAUGCUUUCACACGGAGAUUUACUCUGACACUGAAGUAUAAGAAGAAACUAACAAAGAUUUGGCAGGAUGGCAGAGAAGCAUCAGCAACAGGGAUGCCCUGGGAUCCUUAGGACAGCCUCUUCGGGAGUCCUCAGGAGGUCCUCCUCGGUGGAGAUCCUCGCUGGAAUCACUCCGAUCAAAGUCGGCCUCACCUCACCGGCCAACAAGAACAGCGACCAGACCAUGACCAACGAGUCGGGAGGUGAUCUUUCCACAAUGCUUUCAAGCAUAGAUUUCAUUGACGACUCUCCCUCAGCCACUCCUCUAGAUACAAAUGUUGCACCGACGGCUUCAGCUACUGGGAGGAUGUCGCCGCCAAAUGCCACAGUUUCGACCGUAUCAUCGAACGAUACUGAGGCGGUUACGAAGGCGGGGCCAACCGCGCCCAAGACUGCCUUUCCGAAAUACAACGGAUGUUUUGCUUCAAAGACCCGUGACAAAAUAGCCAAAGCCCCUGUAAAUCCCCCUUCAAAUUUCCUAAAUUUAAAACUCUACAGCCCAGCGACUUGCAGAAGAAAAAAUCGCUUAGCAGAACUGAAGGCGAAUGUAAGGAACAUGCUGCCUCCACUAGUAACGACACAUAAGGUUGACCAGACAUCUCCUUCCGGCUCGCCCAUCAUAAAGGAAAGAGCACAUGUCUUUACCAUAGUCCCAUCUGUGAAAAGGGAAGCAGUGGGUGCCCCCCAGAAACCAGCAACGGUUGUCCCGUGUGAAGGAGAUCCCUUCGACCAGAGGCGCAAGAUUUCACCUUCAGCAUCACUCCAGAGUGAAGAGGUAGAGGAGGACAAGGAGCCAGUGUGGCAGAGGCGCCUCUCCCAGCUCUUCGUCCCGCCCACCGACAACGAACUGGAACCCGAAAAGGAACCUGAGGAAUCAAGCCAGCUACUGCCCAAGCCUCCUUCAGGACUCAUCCUGCAGAAGCAAGUCUCCUCGUCUAGCUCUUCCCUCGAUAACCAACCCAAGAAGGACAAAGAGGCAGACAGAGGGAGUGAGAGGAAGAAGAGGGAGAGCAGAAGGAAGGUCGGGGUGACUGAGGAGAAGGAUAAACCAAAGAACCAGCCGAGGAUCAUCUUUCAAGACGCGAAGGUCAAGAAGGAAGAGGAGGAACUACCAGCACCUGGCACGCUUGAUGAUGCUCAUGGCAGUGAUGCCUCCUCCUCACUCUCCACAUCGGACGAGGAGGACGCUGCUGCUGACGACUAUACCUCCUGGGAUGACACUAUAUGCUCCAACCGCUCGGCAUACUUCAAGAAGUACUACACUCAAAGAGGCAUCAUAGGAGGUAACCGUGGCGAAGACAAGUCUAUUAAAGUUUUCGCAGCUGCUUCUGAAAAUUCUCUCUCAUCACUCAUACGAGAGAAAAUGGGGAAAUCGCAGCAACCAGCAGGAAAGACUCGGGCAGAUUUGGGACUGAUGGUGCUUGUGUUAUCACUGUUCAUUAUCAUUGUGCUGGGUAUCUCCCUCACUACGUACUUCUACAACCUUCACUUACUGGAGCUAUCAAUAUUUAACUGCAUCAAGUUUUAUGAGACUCCAAGAAUUCUGGAAAUUUAUAAUAAAGACUGGAAGCCUCUAACUACAGUACAUCUAGGGACUACCCUCUCUGCCAACGCUAUACCAGAAGACUGCACGCAUUAUCUUCAUUAUCUUCAAAGACAUAACUACUCUAUGCGACACCAAAGAAUUGAUGAAGAUUAUGAGGAUAUGAUAUGCUUGGACUGGACUGAUAUGGCUCAGUUGCAUCUUCGAAAAUUGUAUGCUGAAGGUGAUAUCCAGUGUUACUCAGUGUGGUGGGGAGCAGCACAUGAACACAUGAAACUCAGAGACUGUUUAAAAGCAGACACAGAGCAUGGAGUGUGGUGGGGUGGUGGGGAAAUGAGCGAGGGUGGAUACCCGGUUACAAAUGCACACAUUGCACCCAUAAAAAUGGUGACAGGCAAACUGGGAAGAGAUUCUUGGGGUCAACUCCUACGUCGUACCUGGCUCUCUAAUCGAGCUUCUCUCUUAACAUUACCAGAGAAUUUCCGAGGAGAGGUAUCCAUUAAUUACGAGAGUGAUGGGCAAGUAUGCUUCGAGUCGGGACCUAGUCUGUCAGUUAUAGCACCAUUACCAACAAUGAAGUACCAUCUUUGCACAGGCCCAAACCUAACUUCACUUAUAUAUUUCAUGCAGAAACAAGCAGUAAUGAAAAGAAAAAUUGUUGCUGAGUCCGCCUCAAGUCUUGUCACACAUGUUUUUGAAGUGGAAGAAAAAGAAACACUAGGUUCACCACAGAGUCAUCCAGACGCUGCUGGCCAUCAGAAUGUUUCACGGACAAUCCGUGGAAUAUUAAAAGAAGUCUUUAAGGAAGAAGUAAAAGAGCGUGUUCAGGAGAGGCUUGAACACCCUGUUUGGAUUCCAUGGAUGCCACCUCAGUAUUCAGCAAUUACACAAGCUGCAGUAUUAGAAUAUGUAGACAGUAUUCUUAGUAAAAAUUAUGGAUUUUGGGGGCAUGUAUUACUUCCGUCUUCUUGGCAAAGUAAACCUGGCAGUUUAGAAUUUGAUUUCGAAAGAUUUCCUGAUCCAUCAUCCUUGGAACAGAAACUGGAAACUAAAGGCUUCCGUUUGGCUCUAACUAUUCACCCUUUUGUCAGUGUCCAUACUUCAGCCUUUAAUGCUGGGACAAAAGAAAAUCUGUGGGUGAGACAGAGAAAUUCCUCCCUACCUGCACUGGCUAAUUAUGAUGACAGAUAUCCUUCAGUAGUUACAGAUUUUAGUAAUCCAAGAGCAAAAGAAUGGUUUUCCUCUCGCUUGCAACACCUGCAGAAAUCAUACAAAAUUGAUCGCUUCCAUUUACAGCCAGCAGAUGCUCAUGCUCUCCCAGUUUUUCAUGAAUAUCACGCUCCCCUUCCUGGACCUGACUCAGUAUUAGUACAUUUUUUGGCUGCUGUAACUGCCGUAUCACCUCCUGUGAGCACUGAAGGUGCAGUCACACCACCAAUGCCUCCCACUUUCCUGACACUUGGUACAGCUGAUGAAUCCUGGAAGGGCUUGGAGACACUGGUGCCGCGUGUUUUAACUCUGGCUAUGUUAGGGUAUCCUUUAGUUGAUGUAGGACCCAUUGGUGGCGUGGCUAGAGAUGGUCAUGUUCCUGAGAGAGAACUGUAUAUACGAUGGUUGGAGGCAGCAACAUUUCUACCAGCUAUGCAGAUCAGUGUUUUGCCACACACGUACGAUCAUGAGGUAGUAAAUUUGGCAGCUGAAUAUUCAGAGAUUCGGAAAAAUAUUGUUCUACCUCGCAUCCUUAAGAAUAUUUCGAGUUCUCUGGAACUGGGAACUCCAUUACUUUACCCACUGGCACUCUUUGCUCCAGACGACUCUGAAGCUGCAAAAGUUGACAAUCAAUGGAUUUUAGGGGAAGAUCUACUCGUAGCUCCGGUUACACAAAGAGGAAAGCGAGCCCGGAGUAUUUACCUUCCAGAGGGAAUCUGGAAGGAUGAAAUUGAUGGCCAUUUGCGACGUGGGGGUCGUUGGAUCAAGAAUUAUAAAGUUCCUCUAACAAAAACACCGCAUUUUACUCUGAAGUCAAUAGACGAUCAAGUCUGAUAAGCAUUAUGAGUGACAUUUAUUCAAACUUUAACAAAAUGUUCGCAGAACUGCAGUUGUUGUCUUUAUGAAUCGAAAUCACUAUUCUAUGUGAUUUCUCUGGCUUUUUCAUGCAUUUCUUAAAGUGAACUUCACCUUCAUUAGCACUUCAUGUAUAAGGACAGACUUUUGGUGUAAAUGUAUUUCAGAAUAAUGAGGAACUUAGUACUAUGGUGAUAUUCUAAAUGAAAACAAAAAUAAACACUUUCAGUAUUUUCAAGUAGGUCACUGGUAAUAUGUAAUAUUUCUUUAAAAUUUAUAUUAUUUUUUUGUUGAUUAACGAAACAGUUUCUCAAAAAUUUCAUUAAUAUUUAAACGAAAGAUAACAACAUUAUCCCAGAACAGAAAAAGUUGUUCCUUGUCACUGAAAUACAAAUAAUGUUUCGUAUGUUUAUUUAUUUACAGAGUUAAUAUAAUGUACCAACACAAGAUGAUGCAACACAGGGAAAUGUUUAUUCACACAGUUCAGUGUGGAUAAACAGUGACUUAUAUUAACAGUGACUGUUAUAAAUUACGUGUGGUAAUAAAACUCUCACUAAGCUAGGUUUUUGUAAAAAAAAACGUUAUGGCCUCUUUUUCUUAUCUGAAAUGUUGCUCGCCAAAUGCUGGAGUUUUGAUAUCUAUGCAUUUAUAAACCCUUAAACAACCCGAAAAGUUUAUUGGUAUUCAGCCCCUCCUGCCCUGAACUCUUCUGCGCUGAAGAGAAGACAGGUAUAGAACAAGUAUUUAUUGUGAUGCCAGUGUGUUUUAUAUAUAGUGUAAUAAUGUUACAAUAGAAGUUUGUUCUCCAUUUGUGCUGUCUUCAUUACUGUUGGCAGCACCUCUCUCUAUCCAGCUUGCACUGUCGUGUAAGUAGUUGCGAGACUGGCUUCACUAUCUCCUGGUCACCUUCAUACCUACUCUUAAAGCUGCGUGUGGAGUCGACUACCCAGAAGCUGAAGAUGUAUUCCUUAAUAUCCCUGUAGCUCAUUUACUUUGAUUUCUAGCAGUAAAAAACAUUUAAAGUAAUUUUUUUUAUUUAAAAAUAUUUUAUUAUUAAUAGUCUGAAUAGAAAUCUUGAUCUACAUCUUAUCAUUUAUAGUAAUUGCAGAAAUAAUCAACUAAUGAUAAGAAAAAAUUCCAAAAUGUGUAUUAUAUAAUGACAUGAAAUCCCAUAAAUAUAAAAUACGCAUUCAUCAGUGUAUUUUAGCUAUGUAGAUAUUACUGGUUUAAAUGCUUCUCUGUAAUUUACUGAUCAUUUACAUGGCAGUAAUGAAUUGCAAGUUGAGAAGUUGCAAAGCCACAGAUUUUAUUACUAUUAUUUGCAUGUACAUGUGUGUACUUUAUGGUACAUAAUGUGUUGUAUGUAAUGGUACUCUGAAACAUCUGAAGAGAGCAUUAUCCCCCCCCCCCAAAAAAAAAAAAUGUAAAUACGGUAAACAUUUUUUUUUUUUUUUUUCAACAAGUCGGCCGUCUCCCACCGAGGCAGGGUGAACAUAUUGUAAGAUAUUAAAUAUUUUUUUAUAAUUUAGUAUCUGUACAUCAGUAUAAUGAAUAUUUGCAAGUGUUUCAUUCUCAUAUGGUUGUGACUAUAAAUAUGUAAUUGUAUUUCUUGUACAUAAUAUUUUGUGUGUAAGUUGAGAGUUAUAUUUCGAGAAAUAUAUUUGAAAACUACCAUGUACAGUACCUGUAUUAUUUAUAUAAAAUAUAUGUUAUAAAUAUUUGUUCAUCUAUGUCACUUAUCACAAAUAUGACUGGAAUCAUAUCCUCAAAUUGCUCACACUUUUGAUAGGAAAUUUUAGACGAUGUUUCGUUGACUGUUGGACCAUUAUCAAGUCACAGUUGAGCCAGAAAAUUAUGAGCCUCACUGAUCUUUCAGUGCCAAAUGUAAUUAUUGAAAGUGUUGCAGAAUUUUCCUGUUUCUACCUAAGUAGUGGUUUCCAUAUUAUAUUUAACUAUUAAAAUUGAUGGUCAUUAAGUCUGCUGGAAUGUAGGUACAUUAUUAUUGUUAACAAAUAAUCAUGAAGUAUAGCUGAGCAUACAAUGAGUGCAAUUUAAUAUUUAAGCAAUUAAAUCACAUAUAACAAAUGUAAUAACAACAAUGUAGAUUGUACUAUAUUUCAUAAAGUGAAAUAAACCCUUGUAGGUUAUUCAGAGCAAUUAAUGGUUCGACUCGGCCAUCCAUCCAGUAACUGUGGCCUGGUCUCUGAUCUGCUGUUGGUGAUGUUUAUCAGUAACAAAUAAACUAAGUAGAAACUGAAUUUAGAUGGUGCAUUGAGGGUUCUGUGGAGACAACUUUUUUUCAGUGGCGGUAAGGGGAAUGCACAGUACCAAAGUAGAAUGGUAAUAACACUUAUCAUGGGGUGUAGCAUAGGUUUUAAUAGGUGCGACGAGGGGAAUGAUGGAGGCAAUAGAAAUGUGUUUGAGGGUAAUGUGUAAUGUGAAUAUUAUGGAGAGAAUUCUGAGCUUGGAGGUUAGAAGGCAUGGGGUUACCAAAAAUAUAAUUCAUAUAGCUGAAGAGGGGUUGAGGAAGUUUUGACGUUUAGAGAUGACGGAGCCAAAUAGGAACAUUAGGAGGAUAUAUAAAUCUGGGGUAGAGGGAAGGGGGAGUAGGGAUCGUCCCUGGAAAAUUGGAGGGAGGGGGUAAAGGAAGGUUUGAAUUCUAGUGAUUUUAACAUCCAACAAAGUUGCGUGAGCAAAUUAGUUCAGAGUGUGUGGGGCAAGUAUUAUUUUUUAACUUUGACAUGCAUUUGAAGUGCAAUCGAGAUAUUAUUUAUGAAGAGAUUCAGGGAAACCUGUUAGGUAGAUUUGGGUCCUGAGAGUGAGAAGUACUGUGCCUGCGUUCUGCAGGAGAGGAAAAAUCCGCUGAACAGAUAGCAUUGUAUUUACACAGUUCUAACUGCUUAAUGCCUUAUCAUUCAUAACUGGAGAGAGAACUGUGACCUCAUCUGCAAUAUUACAUUCCAAUUAUUUGAAAAAAUGCACAUGGAUGCAAUUUUCAAUGCUUAUUUAGGCAGUGCAAUUGUAUAUAAUAUAAAUAUGAGUAUAUGUAUAGAUUUUCAUUAACAUGAUUUUUAUUAAAUAAUAGCAUUGUAUAUUUUACAUUCUUAAAUGAGAUAUACAUAUUAAGUUUAUGAUAUUUGCUACAUAUAGUAUUAUUUAUUAAUGAAAAAUUACAUUUGGAGGGACAUACCUUGAUGCUAGUGAGAAGCUCUUGAUCCAAAGAAUUUGAUUCAUCCUCUCCUUGGGUUGAACCUGAAUGACUCCCAAGCACUAUGUGACCACUACAGAUUUAGUGCUUAACGCUGAUAAAAAUUAAUAAUAAAAAAUAAUUAUAUAUGGCAGCCUCACAUUUAUUUAGGAUAUCCUAGCAGUCAAGUGCAGUCUGUAUAGUUUGGGAGUUUUGAAUGACUUAGUGAGCAGCUUAUCCAGGCUAAAUAUUUCUCAAUGUUUUGACAGCUAUAGAGAGCACCUCUCUUUUGUCAAAUUUUCUAACUUAAAUUAUGAAUGUAGAAUGAUACCUACCUGUAACAAGGUUUGUCAUUGUAAAUAUAGUAUGGUACCUACCUGACAUACAUUUGCCACUGAGUGUAGCAUGGUACCUACCCGCUUCAUAAGUUUGCCAUUGUAAGUGCAGUAUGGUUCUGUAGUUAUCCGCUUCAUAAAUUUGUCAUUGUAAGUGCAGUAUGGUACUGUAUUUACCUGCUUCAUAAAUUUGUCGUUGUAAGUGCAUUAUGGUACUGUAUUUACCCGCUUCAUAAGUGUGUCAUUGUAAGUGCGGUAUGGUACUGUACUUACUUGCUGUACAAGUCUGCCAUUGUAGUCUAGAGUGGCACCUACUUGUUGCUGCUGCUACAUACGUUUAUCAUUGUGAGUUUAAUGUAGUACCUACUUGCUACAUACGUUUAUUGUGAAAGCAUUUUGGAAUCUACUUACUCUGUAAGUGUGCCAUGGUGAGUAGUGGUAAUUAUCUGCUACGUAAAUUUUGUAACAUUGCCAUCUUGUAAUGUUUACAUAAAUCUGGUGAUCCCAGGCCACUCCUUGCGUCCAAAUAUGUAUUGUGAAGUUCUUAAAGAUAUGUAUUUACCAUUUAUUGCUGCAAUUUAUUCUUCACACAGAAUGUAAAGCAUAUGCAACAAAUAAACCCAUAAUUGAA